AUGGAUAACUGUAUAAAACUCGUACAAACGGCAUUAGAUGGAGACGUGAUCAGUAAAUCUCGUUUAAUCAGUCAAAUUGAACCUUUGUUAUGCCAGUUCCCACGAGAACAUUUAAAUUCCCUCCUUUUGGAAUCUUGCACCAAAGGGGAAAUAUGUCUUGCCAGAUUUCUGCUUCAUCAUGGAGCAGACGUCAACUGUCGCGGAGUGGGCGGGACGACUCCGCUUCUCAUUUCCGCCGGAAGUGGAUUCACAGAAAUCUGCUCGCUGCUGGUUGAAAACGGAGCAGACGUAAAUGUAACCGAUGACGAUGGAGAAACGCCUCUGAUGGUUUCCAUCCAGCCUUCCGUUUCACUAGAGCAAAUCUUGCUGUUUCUUCAGCAGCCAGAUCUAAAUAUAGAUCAACAAAACAAAGAUGGCAGCACGGCUUUGAUGAAGGCGAUUGAAGUUCUAAAUUUAGAUGUUGUGAUCCUGUUGCUAAAUUCUGGAGCUUCUCUGGACGGUAGAUCAAAACCUACUGGCACCAAGAGUGCUUGUGUUGAAAUUGUGAACUCCAAAGGAGAGAACGCGCAGGAUAUUGCGGACAGACUAAACAUCGGAAACGUUAUAAAGUUGCUGAAAAACACAAUAACUGAGGACCCAUUAACGACAGCUGUUUUAAACCGAGAUUUGGAAACUGUUGUGUUUUUACUAGAAACAUUAUAUUUAUCCAAAAACAAUUGUAAUGUUAUUAAGGAACUUUUAAACUCCAUACAAAUGCAAAACAAAUCUAUCAGCGAGGUCGAACUGAAAAUAAUUGACAAACUUCUGAUACAAGAUUACGCGGCGAAAUGGAAAGACGAUGGAGGCGCGUCCCUAAUUACGUCAGCUGUGGUCAUCGGAAGCUCCGAGCUUAUAGAGCUACUGUUUUCACACGGAGCUCAAGUCUCCCAUGACGAGGUAGCCAUUGCUGCCAAGAUGGGCCGAAAUGACGUCAUCUCCCUGCUGCUGUUUCAUCACGCACCUGUCAACAAAAGUGCACCAAACAGUUGCCUCCAGUUUGAAGACUCAGCUCUAGAUUUAGCCCUGCAGUUUGAGCAUAUUCAUACAGCAAACAAACUUGUACAACAUGGCGCUUUUCUUGAUAUAAAAAUGUCUUUAAAUACAUUAGUUCUUCAAGGUGCAAUUAAUUCGUUAAAUUUUAUCAUAUUAACGUAUCCGUUUGGAUGUAAGAUAGUUCUAGAAGAUUCAACCAACGGGUUAUUGCACAGUGCCGUCGCUAAUGACCACCUUGACAUUGUGAAUUUACUUCUGAACUCGAAUGCGGAUGUUAACGGGGUCCAUGAAAGUCAAACGCCUCUAAUGGUGGCAGAUAGUUUAAAUAUGAUCAAAUUCCUGCUGAACAGAGGAGCAGAGGUGAAUCAGAAAACUCACACAACAGCAUUGUUGAACGUGUUGGCAUCACAUAUUUUACGGCAGGAACAGUGUGGGUGUGGCGUGCAAGAGGAGAGCGAUAACAAUCUGGAAGAGAUCGUGAAAGUUUUUCUAGAGCACGGCGCUAGCGUUCACGACACGACAGAGUUGCAGCAGACGCCUCUGAUCCUAGCGUCUUCUCAUCCUGAAGCAGUGGGUGUCGUGAAGCUUCUUCUUGGCGCCGCUUCUGACGUGAACCAUGUAGAUUCUCAAGGAAUGACGGCACUGCUUCAUGCGGUAAAACGUGAUUGUGUGGAGAAUAUUGAACUUCUCGUCAAACACGGAUCUGAUGUGAAUUUAUUAUCAAAUGGCUCAACGCCAUUACAUCUAGCGUCUAAAAUGGGGAGUGUUGAGGCAAUUGAGGUUUUACUACGGCAUGGAAGUAAUCCACAAGCACAAGAUGAAAAUGGAAACACAGCAUUGAUGAUCGCUAUAGAACAUUAUACGAUUCACCAUUGGUUAUUCAAUCAAGCUAUAGUAAUGUUAAUUGAUGCCAGCACUAAUUUAAAUGUACAAAACUUGAAAGGCCGCACCGCUUUGAUGCUGGCAGCAAAGUACUUACGCUUGGAGUUGGUAAAGUUAUUGCUUAAUGCCGGAGCUGAUCCUAAUAUAGCUGACAAUGAUUCUGACACAGCCUUGACCCUAGUCUUAGGUAAAGUUCACGUCUCAGACUACAGCUUAGAGUGUGCGUCCAGUCUUUUAGAACACGGUGCAACUGCCCAGUUUGUCCACCCUGAAAUGAUCCACCAACUGACGUCACUUGGGUGGAGUAGAGUCGUACAGCAGCUCAUCCAGCGAGGGCUGCCACCCAGUGAGAUCGUGUUUUUAAAGAACUCGUGUGGCUGGCCCACAUCCACACCAGUCACGCCUUUCUCUGUGGCCCUGUUGAUGGAAAACAUCGAGCUGGCCAGUUUUAUGCUGGACGUCUGGUACUUGACGCCGUCUGAUGUACGGACACUGUCUGGUCAAACGUCUGUCACAGACUCGUUGAGGAGAAAAGGUUUGUUUCGGUCAGUCAAGUUUCUGGAGGAGGUCACAACAAGACCAAUGACAUUAGAACAGCUUUGUUUUAUCAACAUCUCAGCAAAGGUGGGUACAGAAGCACAUAGGGGAGACAACAUUGAGAAGAUGCCGUUACCGACCGUCUAUAAAAACCAACUUAAUUUCAAUGCUACAGAUACAUCUCUAAACGAAGAUGAAGUUGAAAAAAAUGAACUGCUGUACUAUUUUAUUUUAAAGUAUGGUACUAUGGUUGGAUUUGCUCCAACGUCUUUUUAUUUUAGUGUUUAUGGAGAAGAAGAUACGGAUGACGACAGCUCAUCUGACUCUGGUGAUAGCAUAUCUAGCAACGAGAAUGCCUAG